AUGAAAAAUUGGAGGCAACAACGACUUCAAGAUCGAGCAAUCCAAAUUGGUCAGGCACUACAUCAAGGUGAUGCUGACCAAGUCAAUAUCAAUGCAACAUUUGAUAGCAACAUGGAUAUCAACUCUCCCAACGAUGGAAACACAUUUUACAAUCCUUUGAUAUCUGAUAUGAGCACCAAUGCGUCGACAUUCUUGAAUGAUGCUAUAAAUAAGGUCGAAGAAUUAUCGUUUGAAUCAAAAGCUCCAAUUACAGAAAAGGAUAUAUCAUGCGCUUUAAUACUUAUAAAAAAAAGACAUCGUCUUUCUGUACGUUGCAUUGAUGAUAUUAUAUCUCUUCUUCGAAAAUUGAGUGUUUCAAAUGUACCCUCAAGUUGGUAUUAUGUGAAAAAACUUCUCACAUCAGCACGGCCUACUGCUUCUCAAACAUUUGUUUGUCCUCAGUGUUGUAGAGGAUCAUCAAGCAAUACUGUAUGUUCUCUAUGCAAAAGUAAUUUCGAUAGAACAAACAAACCUAAUUCCUUUCUCUCAUUCUCGAUUCACAAUCAAAUUGAACAAAUUUUGAAUUACAACAGAGAUGUUUUUUCUCUGCAUCGUACUCAAACGAUGUGCAUGAGAGAUAUUUGUGACGGUGCAAUAUGUCAAAAGUUACAAGACGAUAUUCAAGAAUUCUUCUUAACCUUGACUUUGAAUGUCGAUGGUAUUGCACCGAAUAAAGGCAGCCAACAAAAUAUAUGGCCAAUCUUGUUGGUCAUCAAUGAACUUCCAUUGAAACAGCGUUUUGCGAUACAAAACAUAAUUCUGGCAGGAGUGUGGCCUGGUCCAAGAAAACCAUCACGUUCAGAAAUGAGUCUAUUCUUCCGUACUCUUGUUGAUGAACUUGUUGCACUGGAAAAAGGUGUUACAUUUCGGGUAUAUGAUGACAAUGAUAAUUUAAUCUUUACACGAAUUUUUUUGAUUGGUGCUUGCUGUGAUAAACCUGCGCAAGCACUCCUGCAACACUUACCAGAGCCCAUAGCCGCGUUUGGCUGCGGACGCUGUGAAGUUCAAGGUUUUAUGGUUCGAACAGAGAAUGAUGGAAAUGUAAGAAGUUUUGCAAUGACUCUAAAUGCUAUGGAAGAAACGCAUCUACGGUCAAACUCACGAUAUGACGACUUACUAAAUUUAAAGCUAUUGCAUGAACAGAUACGACAAUCAUUUCCACAAAAAAAAAGAAAAUCAUUGAUAAAGCAGCAUCAAGAAGCAGAGAAGGGUAUACUUGGACCGUGUAUCUUGAGAGAAUUAUCGUUUUUCGAUGUUGGACGUGGUUUUAUGGCUGACACGCUUCAUAAUGUCUACAUAGGCGCAUUCAAGCGAUUAAUACGUCUUUGCCUUGAUUCUGAUUAUCGCUUGGAAGAUUGGACUAUCAAUGAUCGUUUACAUGACCUUCAAUUAGCUUUGCGGGGUCUUCAUCUUCCAUCAAACACAUCUCGACUGCCACGCUGUCUUAUUUUAUAUUCAAAAUUUAAAGCAAAUGAAAUGAGAAUUCUCUUACUGUAUGGAUAUAUCAUAUUCAAGGGUGUACUAAAAACAAAAUACUACAAUCAUCUUUUAAAACUUGUUUUAAUGAUGCAUUUGUCAGAAAAUCGACAGAUAUAUCCUUCAUAUAUAGAUGUUAUCGGUAGUUUAGGCAAGACCUUUGUGGCAAGUUUUGCAAAACUGUAUGGUAAGAGACAUUGUGUACAAGUUGUUCACUCUUUGAUGCAUAUAUCUGGAACUAUUCAUGACUUUGGACCGGCUCAUACCUUCACAACGUUCCAAUUCGAAAAUCAACUUGGUCUUCUCACACGUGUCACUAAAAGUACCCGAAGACAUGCACAAGAGUUGAUAAGUAAUCUUCAUCUCAUGCAAGAAGCACAUUGUCAUUUGAACGAUCUAGUCGUUACAAAUAAAAAUUUUGCUGAGUAUCUUUCAGAUCGAUUCACUAACCGUCAAACUGUUAUUCGCUCGCAAAAUUACCGAUUGGGACAUGCAAUUAAAAUGGAAGAUCCAUUAGUUAAACUUUUAUUCUCACAAACAAAAGUCAAUUUUUAUCAAACCGUUCAUGUUGGUCAAGUUCGUUUAUGUACACGCACUUAUGCGGAAGGGAAAGCUGCUGACGAUUCGAAUAUAAUAUUUGUUCUUGAUCAUACCCAUUAUCCGGGUAAAAUCCGAUCAAUCUUUACUAUUAAUAAUGGUGAACCGCAUCUUCUUGUUGCCUACAUGCCAAAUCUGAGUUCAUUUUCCUGUGAAGUCGAUGAUACAGAAGACUUUGUAUAUCAAAAUAUUCUUUCCUCAACAAGUUCAACAUGGAAAUACAUUCCUGUAAAAAUUGACGCUUUUGUUGAAAGAAGUAUCUUCUUUAGAAGUUCAAGAGGUGUGUCGUAUUUUUUACGACAACCAACCCUUGAACAUUCUUCGUAG